GCGACCAACUGACCAUAGACAGCAUCCAGUUAAAGGUUUGGAAUCGUAGCGGAUUCUACAAAUCCUUACCAAACAAAACAAAACGGUGUUGUGUGUGACAAAAAGUGAAACACUAACGGUGACAACAACUAAAAGUGGGUGUUUUGUGUGACCAGGUUUUUGGAAGUAUCAUCAUGAAAUUAUUUAUUUGCCUCGCCACCUUGCUAGUGGCUUCAGCCUACGCUGAGACAGCUACCAAAAAAUCCUUGAAUGAGAAAAAAGUUCCCUUGGAGAAAAAACUAGACAAACGUGGCCUUCUUGAAUUGGGCUAUGGCUAUGGCCAUUCCGGUCUUGAUCUUGGCUAUUUGGGUCAUGGUUCCAUUACCUCAGGUCAUGGCUAUGGUUUUGGUCAUGAUUUAGGUCAUGGUCAUGGUGGUGCUGCCAUCAUUGGUCAUUCCGGACCCGCCUAUGGAGCCUAUGCAGUCAGCGGUCAUGCAGUGCCUCAUGAAUUUUUGAUUAGCCAAAUGGCUGAUGUACACAAGACAAUCACCAUCACCAAGGGUGUGCCAGUACCCGUUACCGUCGAUCGUCCUUAUCCCGUGGAACACAUUAAACAUGUGCCCGUGGAAGUUAAGGUUCCCGUACCCCAACCCUACGAAGUCAUAAAGAAGGUUCCUGUUCAUGUCAAGGAGUACGUUAAGGUACCCAUUCAUGUGCCACAACCCUAUGAAGUUAUCAAGAAGGUGGAAGUGCCAGUACAUGUGCCAGUCGAUCGUCCCUACCCCGUUAAAGUACCUGUGCCUCAGCCCUAUGAAGUUAUUAAGCACGUUCAAGUACCAGUCAAGGUUCCAGUGCCACAACCCUAUGAAGUUGUCAAGCAUGUGCAAGUGCCCGUCAAGGUAGCCGUUCCUGUGCCACAACCCUACGAAGUUAUCAAGCACGUUAAGGUGCCCGUUCAUGUUCCAGUUGAUCGUCCAGUGCCUGUGGCUGUGCCCAAGCCAUAUCCCGUCACCGUGGAGAAACCCUACCCCGUGGUCUAUGAGAAGCAAGUGCGCGUAGAGGUGCCCUAUCGGGUGGACCGUCCCUACCCUGUGCCCGUCGACCGUCCCUACCCAGUUAAGGUACCCGUGCCAGUCCCUCAACCCUACACCGUUGAGAAACCAGUACCCUAUGCUGUGGAUCGCCCAGUGCCUGUGCCCGUCAAGGUGGCCGUCGAUCGUCCCUACCCAGUUCCGGUGACCAAACAUGUACCCGUUACCGUAGACCGCCCAGUGCCAGUGCCAGUUGCCGUGCCCGUUGUUGCCGGUCACUCGGUUGUGCAACAUGGCGGCGCUGCCGUUGUGGCUGCUGGCCCUGCUGCUGUCUCAUAUGAAGGCGGCCAUGGAGGCUACUAUGCAGCUGGAGGCCAUGGUGGUUACUAUGCCACCGGUGGUCAUGGCUUCUAUUCUGGCGGCCAUGGUCAUGGGGCCAUUAUCACCGAAUCGCACGGUGGCUAUCACCACAAAAAGAAGUAAGCCUUGAGCGCCGGAUCUCAGAGCCUAUUCUAAAACGAAUCCCAAAAAGUAACAACAACACCAACACCAACCAACAAAAAAGAGUGUAAAUGAUUUCUUUUCGUUUUAUUAGAGAAACAUGAACUAGUUUUAAUUUUUAUGAUUUUUAUUUUCUUUUAAUUUCUUUUUUAUACCGAAAUUCUAAAAACAAAAGAAAUUUCUUCAAAACGAAGAAGCCUUUGCCACUAUGUUAAUUGAGGGAAGAAACUCCUUUUUCGUUGCAGCCUGAAGGCAAGUUUUGAAAUGUUUGGCAAAACGUUGGUAAAAUGGUCAAGAAAUUAUUGAAGCUAUAUACAAUGCACUGCCCCUGAAUCCCCAAGGAUUCGAAAGGACUUUAAUUUUUUUCUUAACUAAAUUUUUAUAAUAACUAACUUAUUAUAAAUUUCUUAGUUUUUCAAAAAAAAAACAAAAAUUAUACAAAAAAAUUUUAAUUUUAAUAUUUUUCUUGUAAAAAUUCUGAUCUUCCUCAAGCCACUAAGUAAAAAUUGUGAUAAUUAUUUUUUUGGAAUUUUGCUUGGUGUCCCUCGUAGAAGUCAGAAACUGAAAAAUAUUCUCUUGGCUUCAAAUUGCUUGACUAGUUCUUACUCGGCUGUUUUGUCCUAUUCAAAACUUGCCUUUGCCUCUGUUAGCGGAAGAAAGCUAAAAACAAACAUUUUUUGUAUAUUAUUUUUCUUCUGUGUGUAAAUUAAUAUUUUUUCUUUAUUAUGUUAUUAUAAUGUAAACAAUUUUUU